CUUCGACAAGCACCGUCAAGAUGGGUAUCGGCAGUUACUUCAAAGCGGAAAUCCCGCCUCAAACACCGAUAGGACCUCCUCCCAGGAGGCCUAGCCACCGGCCAUCAAUGUCCCUUCACGCCCCAAUCAUCGAAGAGAAGAUUCCUCCUGCUGCCGUGGUAGAGCUACAUUCAGCAGCUGGGCCCAAGUUCACUGCAGGCCCUCCUUCAAUUGCGCCGUCAUCCAAGUCUGGCAACAGCAAUCUCCUCGAUGACAUUAAGCAUGAGGUCAUGGUUAACUACCUGUACCAGCAGCAAUGCUCCCAACUCUGGGUUGGGGAUGGUUCUGGUGAUAUUGAGGGUGUUCUUCUACGCAAGUCUCGGGGCCAGUACAUGGCUUGCCCACCUCAAUUGGGGCAAUCUCCUUUUGCAAUCGCCUGCACGGCUCUCAAUGUUCAGUGUGCGAUGACUGUCAACUCUCGUGUCAUCAAGACCUUCCUCCAAUGGUCUCCUGAUGCAGUGGAUGUUCCAUUGAUGAACGGUCUUCGUGUGCAGAUUCUGCCUACAGUAAAUGACCUGCCCCGAGCUCGUAAGCAUCAGUUCGCGGCUUUCAUUGCUUCAGAUGGUCUUCUUGUUGUCUGGGAUGAUGAUGCACUGAACUUGAUGGCACGAGCCAAGAUCAUUGAAUCAGAGCUUAUGGAGUUGGUAUGGAACUCUGGCCAGUCAAUUGAUGAAGAUGGAGGAGACUCUACUAUUGCGGCGGAGUACGAGAUCGAUGAAGAGAGUGGUGAGAUCAAGCCGGAAGCUCGACCAGUUCAUCUGCAGAAUGCUGUCCUUGUUUCCCUUACGCUCCUCCUCGUCAUGGCCUCCCUCGGAGCUGCGUGGAGGCAGCUGGCUGUGGAGAUAGCCAUCGAUGGCGACUACAAGCGACUUGGCCUCGUCGCUCUCUUCCCAAUCCAAAUAUUCUUCUCUCUUUUCUUUGCUCAAGUCAUUAUUGGUUGUUUGGCACAAAUCUUUGGUCCAAUUCGCCAACUGACUAUCAACUCCAAGUUCUAUUCAGCACGUCCGCCACGAAGACUCCAGGGAGCCACUUUGCCUCAUAUUACCAUCCAGUGCCCUGUCUACAAGGAGGGUCUGAAUGCCGUCAUUCUCCCUACCGUCAAGUCCAUCAAGCAGGCCAUGUCAACUUAUGAACUGCAGGGUGGUUCUGCCAAUAUGUUCAUCAAUGAUGAUGGCCUCCAGCUUCUUAACGAAGAGGAACGUGACGCCCGUAUCGACUUCUAUGCCGACAACAGUAUCGGCUGGGUUGCACGACCGAAACACGGCGAGGAUGGCUUUGUACGGAAGGGCAAGUUCAAAAAGGCUUCAAACAUGAACUUUGGCCUCAUGAUUUCUUGCAAAGUCGAAGAGCGCCUACAGCUCAUCAAGCGCCCUGCCGAUUGGAGCCAGUCUGAUGAAGCCCUUGCCUAUGAGCAGGCUCUCAAAGAUGUUCUCGAGGAAAAUGGCCGCGCUUGGGCUGACGGAAACAUCCGUGUUGGCGACUAUAUCCUUCUCAUUGAUUCUGAUACUCGUGUUCCUACUGAUUGCCUCCUUGACUCUGUCUCUGAGAUGGAGCAGUCUCCUGAUGUCGGCAUCAUGCAAUUCUCUUCUGGUGUUAUGCAAGUUGUCCACACCUAUUUCGAGAACGGCAUCACCUUCUUCACAGAUCUUAUCUACACUGCUAUCCGCUUCACUGUCUCCAACGGCGAUGUUGCUCCUUUCGUCGGCCACAAUGCCAUCCUUCGCUGGUCUGCUAUCCAGCAAGUUGCUUACCAAGAUGAGGAUGGCUAUGACAAGUUCUGGUCCGAAAGUCACGUCUCUGAGGAUUUCGACAUGUCUCUUCGUCUUCAGUGCAAUGGCUACAUCAUCCGUCUCGCUGCUUGGGCCGGCGAUGGCUUCAAGGAGGGAGUGUCUCUGACCGUCUAUGACGAACUUGCUCGAUGGGAAAAGUACGCAUUUGGCUGCAAUGAGCUGCUCUUUAACCCCAUCCGCACUUGGCUAUGGCGUGGUCCUUUCACGCCCCUCUUUCGCCGCUUCUGCUUUUCCAACAUUCGUUUCACUUCCAAGAUCACUGUCGUUUCUUACAUUGGCACUUAUUAUGCUAUUGGAGCUGCGUGGAUCAUGACAGCAGCCAAUUACUUCCUGAUGGGUUGGUUCAAUGGAUAUCUUGACAAGUACUACCUUGACUCUUGGCAAGUGUGGUUCUCUAUCAUCCUUGUGUUCAAUGGGCUCGGUAACCUCGCACUUGCUAUCAUGAGAUAUCGCUCUGGUGAGCGGACUCUGGGCUAUGCCAUUUACGAGAACUUCAAGUGGACUCUUAUGCUGGCUGUUUUCCUUGGUGGCCUUUCCCUUCACGUGAGCCAGGCUCUUUUGGCACACAUGUUCGAGAUUGACAUGAGUUGGGGCUCCACGUCUAAGGAGGCUGAAUUCUCCAACUUCUUCAUUGAGGUUCCCAAGGUCUUGAAGAAGUUCCGUGUCUCAAUGACAUUGUCUUUGCUGGUCAUUGUCGGUCUCAUCAUAAUGGCUACCGCUGACUUUAUUCCUCAUUAUUGGCGCAUCAACGACUUUGUUGCAAUCCUGCCCAUGGCCACUGUCGCCGGAAGCCAUUUUCUGCUACCCUUGGCAUUGAAUCCUGCCCUUAUGACCUUUUCAUGGUAGUUCUGGCUCAAGUACCGCCCAAAAGCCUGUCUAUUCCUUUUCUUCUUUUUGUACUGUCUUUUCAUCAGACCUUGAGUCAACGGAGUAUAGAAGGAUCAUACCCAGUAACAUUCGUCUUCAUGGCUAGGCUUUGAGAGCCUGCCUGUAUAUGUAACAACAGAUAAAGCCUUGGUCAAAACAGAGGUUCAAUUGAAGUGACACUGGCGAGUCAUUGGUGCUCUUAACAUUAAACUUCUAUCGACACACAUUCCAU